AUGGAAGAAAUUGAAUUAAAUGAAAAUAAAUCAAAGAUUUUAGAAAUCAUUCCAAGGGAUAGGUUUUUCAAUUAUUUUGAUAAGAAUGUACCUCAAGAAUUAACAAGUCUAAUAUCAAGAGAUGAAUACAGACAAUUUAUUAAACAAAUAAACAAACUAAAGAAUCCAUUUUUAAUGAGGUUUUUAAUUUUCAUUGAUGUAUUAUUGGGGGUUGCCAUGCUGCCUGUAUUCUUUGUUCUUUUUGAAAUCCUUGACUUAAGACUACUUUCAAUAAUAAUAGUUUCAGUUAAUGCAGUCUUAUUUUUAAUUCUAUUUUGCUAUUUAACUUUUUCAAAUUGGAAAAAUAAAUAUAGAAAUAAAAUUGAAAUUAAAAUUUUAGAAAUUAAUAAUAGCUUACGAAGUAGAAAGAUUCCGCUAAUGUUUAGAGUUUUAUUUAACAAUUUAAGAGAGGACAACCCUAAUCCAAAUAAUAAUAAUAAUAAUAACAAUAAUAAUAAUAGAAUCACCAAACCCAAUACAAACAAUAAUAUAAAUAAUUAUGAUAAUAGAUUCAAAGAUUUUGAAAUGAUUUUAGAAGCCACCUAUUCUGAUGAUAUUAACAGCAUUCCAAACAACUCAUUAUGUAUUGGUGAAGCCCAAUGUUAA